GUGACGCUCCCUUCGGAGAAACCUCACAAAACCCUAACCAGCGAAGCCGGGCAACUCCUCCCUCUCGGAGUUCUCCGACAGAUGCCCCCAUUUUUGCCCACGAUUCCUUCGAAGAGACCAACCUUCGAUCCCUGUGUCAUCCCGGACUGGAGUUUUCAACCCCACCCAGAUCGUCUCCACAGAUCUUCGAUUCGUAUGUCCUAAUGGGACGAAGUGCUGUCGGGGCUCGUGAUUCGGUUUGGUAAUGCGACCAGAACUGUUUUUCGCUACUUCCCCAUGAAGGGCAGAGAGCCCCAGCAAAAACCCACCUCAGAAUCCGAUCGAACUGUCGUAAAGCUGCGAUUUUUAAUCAGAAGGGUCGAUAACGCUGAAGCUACUGGAGGUGGAGCUGGUUCGGGUGAUGGCAAUGGGUUGGUGAUGACCCUCUUAUCCCUCGUCACUCGCCGUCCUAGGGUUCGAGCCUCCGGCGUCGCCGCAAGUUACUUCCACGCUCAGGUUCAGGGGGGAGGAGGAGGAUCUCGUGCAUUGCCCGGGUGCGAUAGGGGGGUAAUCGAUGAAUCCGAGGCUUGGUUUGUCAAGGUUGCGUGCUCUGUGUUUGUGCAUUCGAGUGGUGUGGAUGCUUGCUUGGGCUACUUGCGGCGGCACUUGACGCCCUCGAUCGCAUUCGAGGUCACUCGGCGGCUUGGGGAUCCGAAGCUGGGGUUUGGGUUCUUUGAGUUCAGUAGGGCGAACGUGGGUAUUGUUCAUUGGCCUGUGACUUAUGAUAUGCUCAUGAGAAUAUUAUGUCGAGCUGGUCUUCAUGAUUCGGCAAAGGCAGUUUUUGAUUGCAUGAGGAGUGAUGGGCAUUCGAUCGAUAGUGCAAGUUUCGGGUUUUUGUUAUUGUCAUUCGUGGAAGCGGGUAAAAUCGAUAGUGUGAAGCAUAUAAUUGCGAAGGUUCAUGGCAUUGAGAUAAAGAUGAGUUCCCACAUCUGUAACACAAUAUUGAACUUGUUGGUCAAUAGGAAUCAGGUGCACCAGGCAAUGUCCUUGUUGAAGGAGCAUUUGCUAUUGCACGCCAGUCCUGAUACUUGGACUUUGAAUAUAUUAAUCAGAGGUUUAUGCAGAGUAAGAGAUAUCGAUAAGGCGUUUGAACUUUUCAAUGAUAUGGAGAGUUUUGGUUGUUCUCCAGAUAUUGUUACUUUUAACACACUUAUAAAUGGAUUAUGUAGGGUCAAUGAGAUAGAAAGGGGGCACCAUUUAUUGAAGGAAGUCCGAUCGAGGUGUGACGUCUCACCUGAUGUUGUGACGUACACGUCGGUUAUAUCCGGUUGUUGCAAGUUGGGUAGAAUGGAGGAAGCAUCCCUUCUGUUCGAAGAGAUGAAAACUUCUGGUAUUAGACCUAGUACAGUUACUUUCAAUGUCCUAAUCGAUGGCUUUGGUAAGGCUGGAAACAUGAGCUCUGCCCAUUCCAUGUAUGACAAGAUGCUCUCUGUUGGUUGCUACCCUGAUGUUGUUACCUUUACUUCCUUAAUCGAUGGGCAUUGUCGAGCGGGGCAGGUGAAUGAGGGCUUGGAACUUUGGCAGCUGAUGUCUACUAGGAACAUAUCACCCAAUGCUUAUACCUUUUCAGUACUUAUCAAUGCAUUAUGUAAGGAUAAUAGGUUGCACGAUGCUCGUGAAUGUUUAAGACAGUUGAGGUGCUCGAAUAUUGUCCCUAAACCAUUUAUUUACAAUCCAGUAAUGGAUGGGUUCUGCAAAGCGGGUAAUGUAGAUGAGGCAAACAUAAUAUUGGCGGAGAUGGAGGAGAAGGGAUGCAGACCUGAUAAAUUGACAUUUACAAUUCUCAUCAUUGGGCAUUGUAUGAAGGGGAGAAUGAUGGAAGCAAUGAGAAUUUACAAUAAGAUGCUGUCGGUUGGUUGUGCUCCUGACAGCAUCACGGUUAAUUCUUUUGUCUCUUGCCUUCUAAAGGCUGGGAUGGCCAAUGAAGCCUUUCACAUAAGGCGGACUGCCUUGGAGGGCCUGAAUUUGGGUCUCUCCUCUUUGAACAGGGCUAUUCCUGCUACAAUGAAUGCAGACAUUCUUGUGGCUGUUUGAUGGAAGGUUUCCAUGUGCUGGGCUUCGGUUUUUUGCGGCUCGAGUGAUUGAGUGAUGUCCUUACACCAUCAUACAUCCUCGCGGGUGUAUAGCUUCUUGCAUGAAUCAGUUAUAAAGCUGCUGGGAGGUAGCCCAAUCUAUCCUGGGGCAUGAGAAGUCUUUGGAUGUUGCGAAGAGCUUAUGCAUAUCCAGUACGGCGACAUCAGGACUCGGGAGGUAAUACCUGGCAUCACAGCUCAAUUAUGCUGAGAGCCGGAGACAUUUGUUUUGUGUAUAGUAGAGAGAUUUUGAUAGCUACCUAGAUGUCCCCACGGAUCAUAAUUCCACAAUGGAGACUUCUAGGAUCGAAGUUGAAGUCUCCAGCUUAUGCAUCACUAAGAGUGAGAUUAUCAGGAAUGAAACAAUGCCCCAAGGAAAAAUGAAAUGCGUCUGCUAUUGCAAGGCCAUAAUGGGUCACUAGCUUUCCAGAUCCUUCAAUCAUCUGCACACUUUAAAUGUAAAUAUUUGCUUUCUUUGCUCAUCCGAAAUAAUUUGUCAGUGUCCCAUUAAUAUCCGAAGAAAGAGAAAUUUUAGCAGGGUUGAGAGAAGGGAUCGAAAGGGAAAGGAUCCAUCAAUUUAUAUUCAUUUGUUGACUACAUCUUAUAUCACUCUAUGAAGAUAUUAAAUUAGAAAAGUUUGGUAUAUUUCUUUUUCUGGGUAAUAGAAAGAGGCAUGUUUCACGAGUC